AUGACCCUCCAACCGUAUUUCGAAAGAGCCCCGUCGAUUCUCUUUAAGCCAGAUGGGUCGGUGCUCUUUGAGUGUUUAUGCAAUGGGAAUCCUGAACCGGAGAUCAAGUGGCUCUUCAAAGACAAAGAGUGUGUCGGCGAACGGUAUGUGGCGAAAAAGAAGAAAAUGGUUGGAAAAUAUACGUGCACGUUGCAAAUCAAAAAUCCAUCCCAAGCCGAUCAGGGUGUCUACAAAGUGACCGCAACAAACAAUCGUGGCACUCAUUCAGUCGAACAGCCUCUAUCUCUCGUCCAAGUCGGCAAGGAGGUCUUCAAAACGCUCGAU